AUGGACUCCGGCGCAGGAGCUCCUGUAGAUCGUCUCAAGGUGCUGGGUGCAUCGUUGCUAGACCCUCUGACUCCGAUACCUAGGAGGAGCUCCUUCAGCGGCGGGUUGUUGUCUAAUGUUCAUUCUCGCGGAGACACUCCGGCAGGGCGUGAGAACAACGGUGCCGUUAUAAGGAAACAUACGUACGUGAAGCUAGGUAGUCGGCCCAGGACGGAGCCUGUCAGGAAUGGGAGACAAGGCGUCAAGUGCUGUGCAGCGUGCGGAGUUGCUUCCAGUCGCGAUUCCCCCUCGGUUGCCGAUAACAAACAGCUCUUCUCUGGCGAGUGGGCGAUCGGAAGCCUCCAUCAGUGCUCCCCAAGGCCGAUACGAGAGGACUUUUCCUCGUGGGAUGUGGAUGCCUAUCAAGUGCAACACUGCCCGCCGAAGGAUAGCAGAGGUGCUGCAUAUCACUUCGUACUAGCCAACUCGACACAUCCUCUCAAUAACAUCUGCGAUGAGGAUACUGGACUUUGCCACCUCCCGAAGGAGGCAUCUACCGGGUGUUCGACUGAUUUCUACGCUCUAGACGAGUACCCACGAGUACUCUCAUCGGAAGAGGUGGAGUAUCCGAAUCAGAAGCCUCGGUCAAAGAUGAAUCUCCAUGGAGAUGCCAUCAGCCGAGCCCACUUCAUGAGAACUUUUCAAAAAACUAGAGAAUACGUUGAAGGUAAACGAGCUGCUCGGGAGGGUUAUGUGAUGGGUGGAUAUAUCGGGACUGGUAAAUUUACUAUGCUGGCCAUGACAUCUUUCCAAAUCGGUUAUUUUAACCCGUUGACGCCUCUCAUGGAAAUUGCUACGAAUGAUGGGAGGACGAAAGGCCUGGCGCAAUAUGCAAGGGAGGCUGGUAUGAUAUCUGCUGUAUGUUCCGGUAUCCAUGGAUUCAAUUUACUCGCUUACAAUUGGAAGGAUGGUCAACUCGGCCCCCAUCACUAUUUGAAUGCUCUGGAGGAUAAAGUCGUUGGACUGUCAAAGAUAUAUGAAGGAAAGACUGUUCUCGAAUGUACCGGCAAUCUUCGUCAAGAGGAGUACUGCCUUCCCGUCGGGAAGAGUGUCGCCAUGGCGUAUGAGGGGAGGGAAGGUGUCCGCCUCUUCCAACAGUUGUAUAUGAUGGGCAACCAUCAAGGCGAUCAACUGUAUGGUGUUGGUUGGGAUGAUGAGCUUGUUGAAUACCUCGAGUGGCAGGAUGACUUCUACACUAGGUUGGGUCAACGGCAUACUACAAUUGUUAUGAGCGAUCAUGGCAACCAGUGGGCUGGUCAUAAGGCUGCUGCCAACGAGAGAUACUCACCCUUGGCCAUAAUUCUAUCCAAUCAGGAGUUCCCCCCUGAUGUGCAUCAAGUUCUCUCAUAUAACGAGCUUGCUUUGAUCACAAGUAUCGAUCUUCAUAACACAGUCCUGGCCCUCAUGGACGGAGAGAUCCUGCCAGUUAGCUGUCGGCGGGAAUCACCCAACUGCGACGUUUCUAUCCGGAACAUAUUCACAACGAAGGUACCAGACAGGGGUCCUCGGCAGAUGGGCAUACCAACAAAGUAA